AUGCAGUGUGCUGAAGCUCAUUUCAAAUCAAAGAAUUCAAAAGCCGUUUUCAUCUCAUUACAGCUUUCUGUUUGUCUAAUUUUUAGUUUCUUGGUAACCAGAUACACCUACACGACGUUAACCCUCGAAAUGCCUACUUUUAUCACUGAUAAACGCUGGAAAGUCACAGUUUAUAGUCAACUUGGUUAUUUAAACUGUGGCGGUUGUGAAAUUAGUAACACGACUCAGUUCCCUAAACUGGUGGUGGAAACUUAUUUUGAUCAAUUUCCGGCAAUAUGCACACUAAACUAUAUUAUUCUCUGUUCAGGAGUUGUCAUAACGUCGAACCAGUUGGUUGAGAAAAUUUUUCCUUACUCAAAGAGGUCUAAUGGUUCAGUUUGUGUAACGAAGGAUGGAGAAGUAACAUGUACAGAAAGCACACAUCAAAGCUUGUCAGACUCAUUUCGUCGCUUUAUGAUUUUUAAAUGUUCACUAAUUCUAUUGGCACUAUGCAGUCUUGCUAUAAUUUGUCACAGGCAUAAACGUUUAGACCAGAAACUAAUGCAGAAAGUCAACUUUCAGAUUGCAGCUGGUGUUUAG